CAUCGAUUUCAAGUGGGAUUUUCAAAUCAGUCGAAACCUCACAGCAAGAAUAGCUAGAGUUAGUGAGUGAGUGAGUUAGAGAGAGAGAGAGUGCGUGUCUGCAAAUGAUUGACUUGGAUCUAUGUUGAACUUCAACCUUGCAGUUCAAUCUCAAAUCCCGAGCAACACCCGCCGAACUAAGAUUGAAGCAACGUAACAAGAACCGAAGCAAUUUCAGCACUGCUCAAAUUUUUCGCUUCGGAAUCUUGUUCUGCAACUCUUCCGCCAGAAUGCUGAGGGAUUUCAAACUCCCACGCCGAAAUCCUGGAAAACACGAAGAACCCGAGAAUGUGGAUCCUUUGGAUUCAUCCACCACGGUUCAGAGGCACGGGGAAGGUUGUAGACCUCCAUUGAACACAAUUCAGGAACCCGAUGCGCAUUGCGUGAGCAAGAUUGAGAGGACUCCUUCGAAGGGGAACAACAAAGGUCGUGGAGGAGCCGAGCUUCGCACGCCAGAUAAGCACGGAGGAGGGAGCAUGCUAUGGAAACAACGGUUCGGCUGGAAUCACAAGAACGACGCCGUUUCCUCGUUUGGUGAUGAGAAGAGAGGAUAUGUUGUUGGGAAUGUGACUCCUCGCGUGCCUCGCACAGUGGGGAGAGCUUCUUCUAGUGUCACGGCUUGUUCCGAGAGCAACUCCACGCAGAGCACUCCGACUAAGAGUGUGACUAAGCCGCCCCCGAGCUCAAGUGUUCGGAGCAAGGCUGAUGGAGGUGGCUUCAGUGCUCGUUUUGGGAACUAUGCUGCAUUGUACAAAGGGGUUCCCAGUUCGGCUUGCAUGGCUCCCACGGUUGUUAACACGGUCGAAGUGCCUCACUUUGAUCUCAAGGAAGAUUCUUCGUUUUGGAUUAACCACAAUGUACAGGUUAUUAUUCGUGUUCGUCCUCUCAAUAGCAUGGAGCGAUGUACACAAGGGUAUAACAGAUGCCUGAAGCAAGAAAGCUCUCAGAGCAUUAGUUGGAUUGGGCAUCAGGAAAACCGGUUCACCUUUGACCAUGUUGCGUGUGAGACCAUAGACCAGGAAACGAUUUUCAGAUUGGCUGGUCUUCCAAUGGUAGAGAACUGCCUCUCAGGGUAUAAUAGUUGUAUGUUUGCUUACGGACAGACAGGAAGUGGGAAAACAUAUACAAUGCUCGGUGAAACUGAGGAUCUAGAUGUGAAGCCUAGUCCCCAUCGUGGAAUGACACCACGCAUAUUUGAGUUUUUGUUUGCCAGGAUCCAAGCUGAAGAGGAAAGCCGAAGAGAUGAGAACUUAAAAUACAAUUGCAAGUGUUCUUUCUUGGAGAUUUACAACGAACAAAUUACCGAUCUACUUGAUCCCUCCUCUACUAAUUUGCUGCUGCGUGAAGAUGUCAAGAAGGGUGUUUAUGUUGAAAAUUUAUCUGAGUUCGAGGUUCAAAGUGUGAGUGACAUUAUAAGGCUUCUAAUUCAGGGUUCUGCAAAUAGAAAAGUUGCAGCAACAAAUAUGAAUAGAGAGAGUAGUAGGUCCCAUAGUGUUUUUACGUGUGUAAUUGAGAGCACAUGGGAAAAGGAUUCUACAACUAAUUAUCGUUUUGCAAGGUUAAACCUAGUUGAUCUAGCUGGUUCAGAAAGACAGAAGACUUCUGGUGCUGAGGGUGAGCGGUUGAAAGAAGCCGCUAAUAUCAAUAAAUCAUUAUCUACCUUGGGUCAUGUUAUUAUGAUAUUAGUGGAUGUGGCAAAUGGGAAACAGAGGCAUAUCCCUUAUAGAGACUCCAGACUAACGUUUCUUCUUCAGGACUCUCUCGGUGGAAACUCGAAAACAAUGAUCAUUGCCAAUGUCAGCCCUUCUAUCUGUUGUGCCACAGAAACAUUGAAUACACUUAAGUUUGCUCAGAGAGCAAAACUUAUACAAAAUAAUGCUGUGGUGAAUGAAGAUUCUACUGGGGAUGUAAUAGCUUUACAGCAUCAAAUUCGGCUUUUGAAGGAGGAGCUUUCUACCCUCAAACGGCAUCAGAAUGUCUCCAGGUCUUUGUCAUUUUCUUUGGCUUCUGUCAGAGAUAUAAAACAAUCACUAGAACUAGAAGACUGUUGUCUAGAAAAUGAAACUGACUUGGUUGACCAAUCUGAAGAAAAUAUGUCUGAUUAUGAAUCCAAGGGCAUCAGAAUGUCCCACAAACAGUUAAAAUCGUUGGAGACAACUCUUGCUGGUUCUUUGAGAAGAGAACGGAUGGCAGAAAUUUCUAUCAAGCAACUUGAAGCUGAAAUUGAACAAUUAAACCAUUUGGUUCGUCAAAGAGAAGAGGACACUAGGAGUUGCAAAAUGAUGCUUAGGUUUCGUGAAGACAAAAUUCGUAGAUUAGAAUCCCGACUAGCUGGUUCUAUUCCUACAGACACGUUUUUGAGGGAAGAGAAUAAAAGGCUUUCUGAGGAAAAUCAGAUACUUCAGGGAAAACUUGAUCGAAAUCCUGAAGUUACUCGGUUUGCUGUAGAGAAUAUCAGGCUUCUAGACCAACUUAGAAGAUAUCAAGAGUUUUAUGAAGAAGGGGAGAGAGAUAUUCUUUUGGCCGAAGUGUCUUCUUUGAGGGAACAAUUGCUUCAAUAUCAUGGAAGAAACUCCAUUCAGCGUAGUUCAAUUCACGACACUCAACCUCAGGAAGCUCAGUGCUGCAAGAAAGAGAAUAGUUCUUUUGAUCAAGAGCUAAGAAACACCCUUGAUGAGUUACAGGAAUGCAGGCGUAAUUUAAAUUAUUGCUUAGAGGAGAAUGCAAAACUCAGUAGGGAAAUAGACUCUCUUCACUCAAUGUUAAGCAACACAAGUGCUACAGAGGCUUCUACAAAAGGACCAUUUUGUGAUGCUCAGGCCGUUCCACCGAUGGGGGUGAAGCAUGAAACUCAAAUGUUAAAUCACACAGAAGAUGUUUUGAAUUUGCAGCUGGAAUUAGAUAUAAUGAAGGUCAUUCUGAAGGAAGAGAGGACUUUCCGUGGCAUAUUCGAGGAGCAAACAACGUACUUAAAUCAGGACCUUUUUAUGACAAAAGACAGUCUUAAGCAGACAAGCAAACAAUUAGAGGAUGCAAAUAAUGAGCUGAAAGAGGCAAAAUCUGUUAUUGAAGCUCUAGAAUCGCAGCAAAUAUUAUCUAUCAAAGAGAUAGAAGAGAUAAGGAACGAGAACAGCCAUUAUCUGGAGCUUAUGGGGAAACAAGAGCAUGAAAUCAUGACCCUGAAGAAUCAACUUGUUUCUAAAGAGUUUAGAGAUAAUUUUCCUUCUGAUCAUCCGGAGUUUGAAAAUAAGUCUCCCUUACAGGUAAGACUUAGAAGGAUGCAUGAUUCUCUUGAAAAAGCCAAGCAACUGAACAUGUCAUACCAAAGUGAUCGUGCAUUCCAGAUAUCCAAUGAGGAGGAGAUGGAUGAAAUCCGUCGGCAAGCUGAGGCUGAAACAGCUGAGGUGAUUGUCUGUAUGCAAGAAGAACUUGCCCUGCUCCAGCAUCAAGUAAAUGACAGUUAUUUGAAGGAAAAAGAAAUGAAAGAGAGUAUGCUGAAUCUGGAAACUGAAUUGAAGGAGGUGUACAAAAAAUUGCAUACAACUACUAAUGAUAAUCAAAUUUUAAAGGAAGAGAUAGGCCAGAAAGAUAUAGAACUCAUUUCACUGGCUGAAGAAUGGGAACUAUUAACCUCCGAGAUUGAAGAAAUUCUUUUUGAUGGAUGUGAGGCACUUGUUGAUGCCUCUGAACAACUUGGGGACAUAAGCAAUUCAUUUCCACAGAAACGGAUCUGGAUUUCUGAACAAGUUGGCUUGGUGGUUAGAAAAAUCUCUGAGAAGGAAUUAUUAAUUGAUGAACUUAGAAGAUGUUUGGAAGAUGCAAGCAAUAAAAGAAGUGAUAUGGAGUGUAUGUUGAAGUCCUUAAGAAGUGCAACGUUAGUGAUUACAGAAUCCCAUCAGAAGGAGUGUGCUGAAAAAGAAAAAGAAAUUCUUUUAUUGACCUCUCAACUGAGUGAAAAAACAUCUAUUGUGGCAAAGCUGAAGGAGCAGUUGUUAAUGGCUCAAGAUUAUAGCAGAAAAACGUCAAACUGCGCAACAACAGCUUUUGUGGUUGUGAAUAGAUUGUCAGAAGUGAAUCUUGGUUACCUCGAUGAUCUAAAGCAUAAGGGUAUUCAACUUAGUGAAUUCGCAGAAGCUAAUCAAACGAAGGAUGCUCUUCUCAAUGACCAAUCUGCUUCGCUUGCUCAAGCAGAAAGACAAGUAACCAAGUUACAGGAAAGGUGUAACGAAUUAUGGCAGAAGCUGUCAGAGAAGCAAGAGAACUUUUGUGCUUUGGCUCGAGAACAUAUCAGCAAAGUGUCAAACUGUGCAACUGCUGCUUUUGUGGUUGUGAAUAGAAUGUCAGAAGUGAAUCUUGAUUACCUCAAUGAUCUAAAGCAUAAGGAUAUUCAGCUCAGUGAAUUAGCAGAGACUAAUCAGAGGAUGGAUGCCCUUGUAAUGGAGCAAUCCACUUCAAUUGUUGAAGCAGAAAGGCAGAUAACGGAGUUACAGGAAAGAUGUAAUGAAUUACGGCAGAAGCUGUCUGAGGAGCAAGAGCAUUCUUGUGCUUUGGAACAAAAGCUUGGAGAUAUUGAAAAUAAUGACAUUUCAAAGACAAAGGAGCAGCUAGUGAUAUUACAAGAUGGUGUCUCUUCACUCAGGUCAUGCAUGAGCUCUUUUGCAGACCUUUCAGGCAGUCUUGAUAACCAAAAAUCAUUGGAAUCUUGCACAUCAAACUGUGAUGAUAUUGGUGAACCAAGGAUCUGUUCCGAAACACAUAUAAGCAGUGAUUCAGAUCCCCAUUCUGUUGAAGAACCUAUAGUUGACCAGGCUGACUUACCCUUUAAUUUGGACAAAUGUGGAUAUUAUAUAAAUGACUCAAAAUCAAGAAGAGUUUCCAGUGAUGUGCAUGAAAGAGAUGUAACCAUUUCACUUUUGAGAAAAGAAAUAGAAUGCGCUCUUGAAAGCUUAAAAGAAGUGCAAUAUGAGAUGGCCAGAUUGCGUGCAGAGAAAAAGGAGAUGUCAAUGUGUGAAAUGAAGAGUCAGCAAAGCAUAGAGUCCCUCACAAAGCAGAUACUUUUACUGCAAGAAGCUAUGAACCACUUUGAAGAGAAAUCCAAAGACAAGAUUGAAGUACUCAGGCAAAAACUUAGGAACCUGGAGAAGCCCCUGAAAGAAGCCAGCUCCCAUUGGCACCAAAAGAAAGAGUUACUUGAACUUGAAGUUGGGGAAGCAAAGAUCGUUCAAGCACAGAAAUCUCAGGAGGCAUCUUGUAUUCUUGCUAAAUUUGAAGAAGCACAAGAUACGAUGAAAGAAGCAGAUAUUAUGAUCAAUGGAUUGGUGAUAGCUAAUGAAUCAAUGAAGAUUGAUAUUGAGAUACUGAAAGACAGAGAAAUGACUUUACUCAAUGAAAAUGGUAUAUUAGUCAGCAAUAUUGAAAGCUUACAAACUGUUGUUGAUUUGAAGGAUCGGGAGAUAGAGGACCUUGUUGAAUCAAGUCUAGUAGAAACAAGGGAUCUAACUCUUAAGUUGGAUGAUGUCAUUAAAGAAGUCCAAUUGAUGACGACAGAAAAUUUCAUGUCUUUGGCUAGUGAUUUAGAGUGCUUAAAAUCUCAAUGUCUAUAUUCCACUAAUUUGAUACAGCCAUGGCUUGAGAAGAUAUGGUCUGAGAUAGUUUUUAAAGAUUGUGCUAUGUCUGUGCUACAUCUAUGUCACAUGGGUAUUCUCCUGGAAACAGUAACAGGGAUGCACGCAGAAAAUGGUUUGCUUUCACAUGGCUUGUGUCAAUCAAACUCUGCCAUAAGUGAUUUGAAGGAACAUAAUUAUAGGACAAAGCAAGAGCUUGAUAUGUGCAGAAUAUUGAAAGGGAAACUGCUGGCUGAUAUCAAGAACAGUUUUGAUCGCAUAACUAAGAAAGAAGUUGAAGCUGUAGAUAUCACCAACAAGCUGAACACUUUUGCUAAAAACAUAUCAGACCUUCAGCUUCAGGAGGAGAUGAUGCUGCAAAGGUCUAAUGAAAUGGGAUCCCAACUUGCUAAGCUGAUGAGGGAAUUGGAUGUGAGUAAUAUAGAUAUUGUUGCUUCACUUUUAGAUCAAGAGGCACUACUGAAACAGAAAGCUGAAGUCAUUGAUUCUCAAGCUGAUUGUUUUAUGACAGAUUGGUAUGCCAAAGACUUUGAGUCUCUUAUCUAUGCUUCUGAACUAAAAUAUAUGUCAUGUAAUAUAGCUAAUAUGGAGGAGUAUUUUGUCAAGCACUGUAUAUUAGUCGAGCAACUGAAGGAAGAAGUAAUCUUGUCCCAAGUAGAAACUUCGUUAGCAGAACAGGUUUUGAUGGAUAAGGAAGUUGAAGUUUCCCUUUUAGAAAGAGAAGUUCGGCAGACAAAAGUGGAAAGGAAAGACAUAUUAGCGGAACUGAACCAGAAUGUCUUAAGGAUUACAGAAAUGGGUGAAGUAAACAAGGUCCUUGAGCAAAAUAUUGAGUCCCUAAAGGAUGUUACUAGUUGUAAUAAUGCAUUGAAGGGUGAACUUGCUGAUGUUAAGGAGACCAGGAAAAGACUGCUCGAUAAGAUUCUUGAUCUAGAAGCUGAUUAUGACAAAGUAAUCGCUAAUGUCAUAGAGAAGGAUGUUACUUCUGAAUUUUCUUUCCAACAGAUUUCUUUACUUGAACAUCAAAACACAGAGUUAAAGAAAGUUAACUGUAUGUUGGAAAAUUCAUCUUGCAUGCUUGAGAAUGAGCUGACCCUAAAGGAUUCAGAGCUAACAAGAAUGCAGAGCUUAUUGCAAGUUGAGUUAUCCAGAAAGGAUGAUGUAAUAAAAGGACUGUUGUAUGAUCUGAGCUUACUACAGGAAUCUGCAUCUAACAGUAAAGACCAAAAAGAUGAAAUUCAAAAGUUUCUGGUUACAAUGGAGGCAUUAGAAGCAGAUCUUGCUGUUAAAUCUGGUGAACUUGCGGAGGCUGUCGCGAACUGUCAAUUGCUUGAAGCUCAGUUGCAGGAAAAAUCAGAUAUGAUUAUAGCUCUUGAGUUGGAUUUCUCAAAAGAACGUGAGGCUCUACAGUUGCAAGUCAGUGACAAUCAAGAACUUAGAAGUAAUAUUGAAGAGGCCUUGGCAGCAAGAAAGCUGUCUGACAAUGAGCUGAGAGAAAGAAUGAAGAUAACAGAGAGCUUAGAGGACGAAAUUUUAGAAAUGAACAGUGUUAUAAGCCAAAUGGAUUGUUCAAUUAAAAGCCUGAGCAGUGAUCUGGAUGAACUCACUAUUGAGAGGGAUCAGCUUCAGGGUCAAGUAAUUUGCCUAAAAGUUAGGCUUGAAAAAGCUGAAGCACAGGCUGAAGCUAAUGAAGCAAUUGCUCAAGAAACUCAAAAGGUGGCAGAAACAAGAAGAAUAUAUGCCGAAGACAGAGAAGAAGAGGUGAAACUCCUAGAGAGAUCAGUUGAAGAGCUGGAAAGUACUAUAAAUGUACUAGAAAACAAAGCUGACAUCAUUAAAGAAGAAGCAGAACGACAGCGGCUGCAAAGAGAAGAUCUAGAGUUGGAGCUACAUGCAUUAAAAGAUAUGAUGCAAAACGUCAAAAAUGUUGAUGGUGACAUGAGAAGAUUUUUGGAUGAAAAAGAGAAAGGCCUCAAUGAAGCCCUAAAUCACAUACAGUUUCUUAAGAGGGAGUUAGCAGGAAAGGAUGUAGAGAUUCAACAGAUGAAAGCUCAUAUUUCAGAGCUAAAUUUGCAUGCUGAAGCACAGGCCAAGGAGUAUAAGCAGAAAUUCAAAGCAUUGGAAGCCAUGGCUGAGCAAGUCAAACCUGAGGGUCUUUCCAUUAAUUCUUCCAGUGCUAAUUCCUGCAAUGCAUUGUCAAAUAAGUCUGAGAAAAAUGCCACCAAGUCUCGAGGUUCUAGUUCUCCUUUCAAAUGCAUUGGGUUAGGCUUGGCUCAACAGGUAAAAUAUGAGAAGGUUGAAGAGCUGUCUGCUGCAAGACUGCGCAUUGAAGAACUAGAAGCCCAGGCAGCAUGUCGACAGAAAGAGAUAUUUGCACUGAAUGCGAAAUUAGCAUCUGCCGAGAGCAUGACCCAUGAUGUAAUUCGAGACCUACUUGGAGUAAAGUUGGAUAUGACCACUUGUGUGUCACUCUUCGACAAUGAGCAAGCGGAGGAUAUUACAGAGAAAGUUAAAUUUCUUACUCUAGACCCUCAAGACAAGGAGGUCGUGAAACUUAAGAAGCAGCUGAAUGAAUUCAUUGAGGAGAGACAGGGAUGGCUGCAAGAAAUGGAUAGAAAACAAGCGGAAUUGGUGGCUGUUCAAAUUGCAUUGGAAAACCUUCGUCAGCGAGACCAGUUGCUAAAAACAGAAAACGAAAUGCUGAAGAUGGAAAAUACAAGUAAGAAGAAUAAAGUACUAGAACUGGAGGAAGAAAUUAAAAAGUUGUCUGGUCAGCAAAACCUUCAGCAGCGUAUUCAUCAUCAUGCUAAAAUUAAGGAGGAAAACAACAAGUUAAAGACACAGAACGAAGAACUCAGCGGAAAACUACGAAGGGCAGAGAUCUUCCUUUCCCGCGUCAAAGAAGACCUUGCUCGUCUUCGCUCUUCUGCUGGCGUGAAAACGAGUAUUAAUUUUGAUGAGGAGCAACGUCUGAUGAUAAAACUGAAGGAGAUCGAGGAGGAGAAAGUAGAAUUAGCUCAGCAAUUACUGAGACUGUCCACAAAUGUUCUAAAGGUUGCUGGAAUAUCAAGACCUACAGCGGACAUCAAUCCUUCUAUGGCCGAGGAAGCCCUCCAGGACCUCAAGAAUAGGAUAACUACUCUUGAAAUGGAACAUGAAGAUUUGAAGUUUAAGAAUAAAAUUAUCAAGGAAAAGAUCCGAUUAUCCGAGCUAAUGCCACAAGCUUCUCCUCUGAACUCGAGAUCUGAAGAGAAUCGUUUAACGCCACCAAGGGCAUCCCUAGCUCCAUUCCUUUCGAGUUUUGAUAGAUAGUGAAGAGUGUUAUUGUAUUCUGUUGUGUUUAGUUUAGCCAUUCAUGUUAUAUUCUUUGGUUAUGCUGUAAAUAACGUGUAUGUUAGCAAUCUACCUGUAAAUAAUCUUUAUGCA